AUGGUUGUGGCCCUAAGAGGCACCACAGGUGUCUGCACAGCUUACCUGAAGUGGAAACACUGUGAAACACCAGGUAUUAAGACCCUAUGCAACCUCACCAAACUUCUGAAUAAGCUUCAAAGAGACCACAGAGAUGAUGUCUACCUUUACAUCUCUGGGCACCUGAAUCCCAAUAAGCUCUACAGGCCCCCAGAAACCAUCUUAUCCCACUGGCCUAAUGCCAACUGGCCGAGGAAGGCAGAAGUCUCCAGAAAGAAAAAGCAACCCGACGAGAAGGUUGCGAAGAUGGAGGACGCGUUGGCUGAUUUUACCAUCAACACUGCUCUGGUUCCAGACGACACUAAGAACACCCCGCUAUUCAGGUACCUGAACCCAAAGCCACCUGUUCUGGGUUCCAUUGCAGAGGAAGUUGUGAAAGAAGAGAAAAAGGAGAUGAGUGUGUUUCCUCCUGAACAGUUAAAGAGAGAAGAGCUGAGAUUGUCAGAGAUGAGAGUUCUGAAGUACAAACCCAUGCAGUCCAGCCGCCAGUGUGUGAUGUCUCCCCCCGGCAAGGAUGAAUACCAAUACAUCGACUCCUAUUUAUCUGGUAUAACUAAGGCCGACAGAUAUAGGAAGUUACUGGGCUUCCAAAAAGACGUCCUUGCAAAGCAAGAUCUUCUAAAGAAUGAUUUUACUGGGAGCAAGGCAGUGAUACGCCAUGAACAAAAGUUGGAGCAGGAGCUUCAGAAGAUAUGUACGUGCAAUGCUCCACAGUUCAGUCGGCUGCAGAUCUUCGGAAAUGUCUUUGAGGAUAUUUGUAAUAGUUCCUUUAUAUUUGGUGAUAUCCUGAAAGAAAUUAAGAACGAAUACGAGCUCUACAUGGCCAUCCUUCUGGACUCCCAGCCGACAGCCCAGUAUGAGACGCUGCUGGCUCACAUCAAGGGACUGGAAAGGAGGCCUGUGAAGACGGCCGAUGUGGACCGGGCCAGGGAGGAGUUGAGGGUGACUGUGAGGGCCACCAAAGCCGCCCUGGAGCACAAUGACAAACUCAGAAGUGAAUUAGAGAUGGAGCAUUUGUUGCUGCUGUUGGCUAAAGAAAAAUCAGAAUCAUCUGAGAAAAAUGUAAUUGAAGAGGAAGACCUUACUCUUAUUGAGAAGGUCGAAAAGAAGAGGUGUGAAAUACUCAAUAAAUGGGACGAAAUUCAAGCUCUUGAAAAAGAAAUUAAAACGACUUUGAUUCAUAAGGGGAUUUCAGACAUCACUGAGAGCAGCAUUAAAAGCAUCGAGAGUGAAGCUACAAAAUUGGAGACAGCAAACAGGGUUUUAAAGAAGAAAAUCAGUGUUAUUGAACAGCAUGGGAAGCACAUCAUGGAGAAGAGCAAGAUGAGUGAGCAGGAGCAGCAGGACCUUUGGGGAUUUAUUAAUGAAUUUGUAAAAUUGGAAGAAACAAAAAGUAACUCUCACGUAACUGGAGAAAUGACCCAUGGAAAUUAA